GCAGGAUUUUGUGGACAGCCAUUGUGGACCGCAUUGCUGCGUAUACGCUGCCCCAGCCCCCGAUAUAGGGUCGUGCCAUGCUGUUCCUGCGGCUGGGCCUGCGAGUGGUCAGUGCCCGGGCCGCGUGCCGUCCCAGAAGCUAUGCGACGAGCAGCGUCACCAUCAACCGCGUCGCGCCGGAGGCGACUGUAGGCGUCCGAGAGGCCGUACUAUGGCCCGGACGCCCGGACAUGUGUCGGCUGGCCGAGGACGCUCAGGGACUGCACCUCGCGGCGAAUGUUAACAAUGACGUAGUCGGCGUCGUGUCUCUGUUCGUCGACGGCGCCGAGGCGAGGUUUCGCAAGUUCGCCGUGCUCGAGGCGCAUCGCGGCGCCGGCCUCGGGAGCCGGCUGUUGCAGGCGGCGGAGUCUGAGGCCACGCGCCUGGGCGCGAAGACGAUCGACUGCGACGCCCGCGCCGAAAUGGCCGCGUACUACGAAAAACGCGGCUACGCCGCCGCAGGACCGCCCUUCGCGAAAUACGAGGGCUCCGAGCAGCUCUACGCGACGAUGCGCAAGCCGCUCGCCUAA